UGACUUGAGUUUGAAGACAAUAUUUUUAUCGUAUGGGUGGGUUCCUGGGGAUUAGGAGUUACCUAUGCGAGGAAUUAUCAUAAAAGAAAGUACUUCUAUGUUCUUCAUGAUUCUCUUUAGCUUUUACUUCAAUUUCAUGUAGUGGAUGUCUGUGUUUUGUAGCUUUGGCCUUGAAGACGAGCCCAUGUAUUCAACAAUUCAUUAUGAUCAAGGGGAACAACUUAUGUAGAUUUGUUUGCUGAUUUGUUGAAAAUGGGAAGACUUUUUGAAAAUAAAAUUUGCUACUUCUUUCUUGAAGUCAAACUAAAUUAAUGAAUAUCAAAAUUGCAGGGUGAUGACUAUUAGCUUUCAUAAGUUUGGAGAUAUGUUCUUUCCUGGAACCGGUGAUGUUAAGGAAAUUGGGGAAAGAGAAGGAAAGUUCUAUGCCAUAAAUGUCCCACUCAAGGAUGGGAUUGAUGAUACUAGCUUCACUCGGCUGUUCAAGAUGGUUGUUGAAAUGUAUCAACCAGGAGCAAUAGUUCUUCAAUGCGGGGCAGAUUCGCUUGCUGGGGAUCGGUUAGGCUGUUUCAAUCUCUCUAUUGAUGGUCAUGCUGAAUGUGUUAGGUUUGUGAAGAAAUUCAGUCUACCCCUGUUGGUUACAGGAGGUGGAGGAUACACAAAAGAGAAUGUUGCAAGAUGUUGGACUGUUGAGACUGGAGUUCUUCUAGAUACAGAACUCCCAAAUGGUACUUCAGAUAUUUGGCGAUAUCUAUGGUGCUUCUUUCCUACUAUAUCUUAUAAUGAAAUAUCAUUUCCCAUCUUCACCUAACAUCUGAUGAGACUAAAAGUUUCUCCAACUUUCAUUAUUUUUAGAUAUACUUGACUGGGCAUCAUCUCUCAAAAGAAUAAGCCUGUUGCUGUUUCCUUUUUCAAUUAUGAUUCUUUUGAGAGAUUGGGGUUAAGUGGAUGAAUGUUCUCAACUUGGUUUGGUAUCUAUAGGCUUUUUCUAGAUACACUUGCAUGUUGCUUAGCUACGCGGGAAUCUAGAAUAAGUAACUGGGUGUUGAGUGUUAUUCCAUGGUUAGAUUUCCGGAUGAAAACAACACUGUGAGUUAAAAAUGCAAUAAUUUGAUUAUAAUUUUUAAUAAACUUUAGCAUGCUAUUACUAUUUAGUCGUCCGACUUUUUGUUUUUUGGUAUAUUUUUUUCUUUUGAAAUUUUCUUCAUAAAAAUUUGUUUGGAAGAAAUUAGAUUUAGGUGCUGUAGCAUUUGUCUUCUUAUUAACUUUUAUGUUUCAAUUAUGUUACUCCAUUCAUGAAACAUGGCCUUAUGGGUAUUAAUUGGGUUAUGGUGGGGUUGGUGAAAAACGAGUUGUUGGCUUGGGAGGGGAUUUGCGAGAAGGGCAUGCAUCGUCUCAUUCUCUUGUCUAUCUUUUGGGUUACUUGAAAAGAGAUAAACAAAACAAUAGGGUAUUUGAAAGGAGGAAAGAACAUCUAGUAAACAUUAGAGAUAGAUGGUUACAUUAUUUUGGUUCAUUGAUUUUGGGACAUAACCUUUAUAAUAUUGAGGAUUUUGAGGUCAUUGUACAUAUAUUCACUAACUUGCAAAUUUUUUAUAAAUAGGUGGCACCCUGUUGGUGGCUUUACUUAAUACACUUUUCACAUUUUUUAUUUCAAAAAAAAAAAAAUGUCAUGUCUAAUGGGAAGUGAAAAAGUCAGCUACUACUUCCUUUUUUUAGGUAAUCAUGCGUUACCUACUUGAACUCCAGACUUAAUUGAUAUUUGACCAAAUAAUAUAGGAUAAAUAAGAUUAGUUUGUCUAUAGAAAUUUGGGAUAAGUGUAGAGUUUACACAUGGAAAUAGUUUCUCAAGCAUCGCAUUUUAACACAGGAUCUCAUCAGAUGACCAAUAUAUUGAGAAAAGUGUUAAAACAAUUAUGAACUCAUGGUUUAAUCAAAGAAGAGGUUAUAAAAGUAUUUAUAGUAUUUAGAUAUAAAAACCUAAUCUAACUGUAAGGGAAUUUAAGAGAAAAUUUUAUGUUGCAAUGUUGCUAUAAACCAAGGAAUAACAAAAUAAGAUCCAUUUAGAGGGAAGCUUUAAACACUUGACUUAUGGAAGGAAUAAGAAGAAUCAUUCAUUAGUUUUUUUAAUAGAAAAAUAAUAAUUAUUAAAGAUAAGAAUAGUAUAACUAUAUAGAUGGAGAAUAAGAUAUCCUCUAUAGUCUUUUAAUAGAAAAUUUGAAAGCACACGUUAGUGACAAACAAACCAUUAAAGAUCAAGAAAUUAUUGUUCUCCAGGUUUCGUGUAACACCGAAAUACCAAUAUGUGAAAAUUUCCUAUGGCUUUUUCACAGAGGGUGGCAAAAAUGUCAUCCUCUUCUACAGAUCUUGGCUUGAAGAAGAGCAAUGUCAAAAAUCCCACGACUCUGUUCUAGCCAUAAUGUCCAUGAACCAUCAAAAAUAGCCCCUUGCCAGAGAGAUUUAGCAACUUUUCUUAUGCUGGCCCCAUGAAGACUGAAACUCAUUAAACAUUCCAUUGAAGGGAGGCUCACCCAAGCCAAUCCAAACAUAUCAAAUAACUUUGUUGGCAAUUUUCAAGCCAUGGUGCAUUAAAGAAACAAAUAAUUGUCUAUCUCCUGAACAUGUUGAGACAUAACACAAAUAUCUGGUGAGAGAGUUUGAUUAGACCUAUGAGUUUCCUACAACUCAUUAAUACCAAGCCUGUUGAGAAUAAGAUUUCAUGAAAACACCUUCACAUUUAAAGGAACUUUAACUCUCCAAAAUUUGUUGACAAAAGGAAAAUGAUAGCAGUUGCAGUGGUGGGUUAUGUGUUUGAAAACGACUUGCGUGUAUAUAAUCCCAAAGGAUCCAAUGUCCAACUUUUGUUAUCAGGCUGUGGUGUAUCUUGAAAAGGCUCUAAUAAAUUUAGCAAGGUUAGCACGUCAUCAAUCUCUCUAUUAGAUAAGCUUCCAAGGCUAUGUUUGGUAGUAGCUUUUGGCCUACAUUUCCAAAGUAUUUUGUAGCCGAACAGAAAAAAUUAAAAGUUCUUUUGGUCAAAGCCAAAGUUAAAAUAUGUUUUUGAUAAGUUUAAGCACUGAAAGCAAAAACAUACUUUAAAGAAACAAUUUAUACUUUCAAUAUUUCUUUCCAAUCUUGCUCUUAAUUAAAAAAUUACUCCUUUGUCCCUUUAACAAUAAAACCCUAAAAAAUCAGCCCCCUUCUCCUUUCUUUCACUCUACCUAAGCCCUAGCAUCAUCUCGCUCUCAUGCUGCCUCCAACAACCGUCCUCCAGCCUUCCCGGCCGCAAGUUAAGAACAUCAUCUGCUGCCUUUCUCCUUUCUUCCUUCAUCUGCUUGUUUACACACAAUUU